AUGACUGAUGUACAAUUUAUCAUCGAGUUAUCAAUGAGCUAUACAAAUACUAAUACAAGUCCUCUCUCCAUGGACUGCAUGAAGAUGGUGUUCAAGCUUAUGCCAAAUUGGAAGCGUGAGGCAGAAGUAAAAAAGCUCGGUUACAAGGUUCAUGGACAUCCUUUCUCCACCAACACGAGGCGUGUUCUCGCUGUUCUCCUUGAGAAAGGCCUCUCUUACGAUCCCAUUACCGUCGAUUUGAAAGCCGGUGAACACAAAAGUGAAUCUUUCCUCUCUCUCAACCCAUUUGGUCAAAUCCCAGUUUUUGAAGAUGGAAACGUUAAGCUGUGUGAGUCUCGAGCCAUCACACAAUACAUCGCAUAUGUUCAUAGCUCAAGAGGCACACAACUUCUGAAUCUUCGAAGCCACGAGACAAUGGCAACACUAACAAUGUGGAUGGAAAUCGAAGCUCACCAGUUCGAUCCAGUCGCAUCGAAACUCACUUGGGAGCAAGCCAUUAAGCCUCUCUACGGUCUAGAAACUGACCACACGGUCGUCAAACAAAGCGAGGCUAAUCUAGAGAAGGUUCUAAAUAUCUACGAGAAACGACUCGGAGAAUCUAAAUUCUUGGCUUGUAAUACCUUUACUUUGGUUGAUCUUCACCACCUACCCAAUAUACAAUACCUUUUGGGAACUCCUACGAAGAGAUUGUUCGAAAAUCGACCUAAAGUUCGUAAGUGGGUGGAUGAGAUUACGAGUAGAGAGGCUUGGAAGAUGGCUUGUGAUCAAGACAAGUCUUGGUUUGGUAAGCAAAGGAAAAAUCUCUCACCUUUGAUUAGAUUCGAGGUUAUUGCAAACAAAAAAAGAAGUAGCAUUAAAUUAAUGGCAGGAAUCAAAGUUUUUGGGCACCCUGCUUCAACAGCCACGAGACGAGUUCUCAUCGCUCUGCAUGAGAAAGAUCUUGACUUUGAGCUUGUUCAUGUCGAGCUCAAAGAUGGUGAACACAAGAAAGAGCCUUUCCUCUCCCGCAACCCUUUUGGUAAAGUUCCAGCUUUUGAAGAUGGAGACUUCAAGCUUUUCGAAUCAAGAGCAAUUACUCAAUACAUAGCUCAUGAAUACUCAGACAAAGGAAACCAGCUUCUGUCACUUGGCCCCAAGAACAUGGCAAUCAUGGCCAUGGGCAUGGAAAUAGAAGCUCACGAGUUUGACUCAGUUGCUUCAAAGCUUUGCUGGGAGAUAAUCUUCAAGCACAUCUUCGGUUUGACCACCGACCAAGCCGUCGUUGAAGCAGAAGAGGCUAAGUUAGCCAAAGUGCUUGAUGUCUACGAAGCUAGGCUUGGCCAGUCUAAGUAUUUGUCUUGUGAUCAGUUCACUUUGGUCGAUCUUCACCAUAUCCCUGUGAUCCAGUACUUGCUUGGUACUCCAAUCAAGAAGCACUUUGAUGAGCGUCCACAUGUCACUGCUUGGGUUGCUGACAUCACUUCCAGGCCUUCUUCUCAGAAGAUCCUCCGGAGAAGAAAAUUGAAUGGCUGUGGCUACCGCUCCGUCGCUCAACCGCCAUUUCCUCCGCCGCGUCUCGAACCCUUUCUCGAGAGUGAAGAAACGACGGCCAUGGCUACUACCAGGGGACGCGACCCUUUUCGAUUCUCGCCGGAAUUGGGAUUCCCACCUCCUUGUUUUCGCUUCCCCCUCUUCUCCAUCUUCGUCGUCUUCACCUCCGUCUCCGUACUCUCCGACGGAUGCUCUCACGGCGGAGUCGUCAAAGAUGCUCUUGUCCAGUUUGAAACAGCACUGAGUUUAGAUCCAAAUCCUAUUGAGUCACAAGCUGCUUACUAUAACAAAGCAUGUUGUCAUGCUUACCGGGGCGAAGGAAAAAAAGCUGCUGAUUGCUUGAGAGUCGCUUUGAGAGAUUAUAAUCUCAAGUUUGCCACAAUCCUUAAUGAUCCUGAUUUAGCAUCCUUUCGCGCAUUACCUGAGUUUAAGGAGCUUCAAGAAGAGGCUAGGCUAGGUGGUGAAGAUAUUGGAGAUAGUUUCCGAAGAGAUCUGAAGCUCAUCAGCGAAGUACGAGCACCGUUUCGUAUCUCGACGCUCUUCACAGUACCAAGACUGAUUCAGGCAAUUAGAGGCGGUGAUGGUGCUCCAGAUCUUCUGGAAACUACAGGAAAUGCUGCAAUUAACAUUGGAGGUAUUGUUGUUCUGGUUUCAUUGUUCCUUUGGGAAAACAAGAAAGAGGAAGAACAAAUGGUUCAGAUAACUCGAGACGAAACUCUUUCACGGUUGCCUCUGCGCCUGUCAACGAACCGUGUUGUUGAACUUGUGCAGCUAAGGGAUACUGUUCGACCAGUUAUUCUAGCGGGAAAGAAAGAGUCUGUUACACUCGCGAUGCAAAAGGCAGAUAGGUUCAGAACGGAGCUCCUACGACGAGGUGUUCUCUUAGUUCCCGUGGUAUGGGGUGAACGUAAAACACCGGAAAUCGAGAAGAAAAAGGGCUUUGGAGCUUCUUCAAAGUCAGCUACAUCUCUUCCUUCGAUUGGGGAAGAUUUCGAUACACGGGCUCAGUCGGUAGUUGCCCAAUCAAAGCUGAAAGGUGAAAUCAGGUUUAAGUCGGAGAUUGUUUCGCCUGGUGAAUGGGAAAGGUGGAUAAGAGAUCAACAGAUAGCUGAAGGAGUUGUCCCGGGCGAGGAUGUGUACAUCAUACUGCGGUUAGAUGGUCGAGUCCGCAGAUCCGGUAAAGGGAUGCCGGAUUGGGCUGAGAUCUCGAAGGAGUUGCCACCGAUGGAUGACGUGCUCAGCAAGUUAGAAAGAUGAAACUGCGAAGCUCUCUUGCAUAGUGUACCUUCAUGAAACCUUGGAAAAUACUAAGAGAGAGAGAGAGAGAGAGAGAGAGAGAGAGAGCGAGCUCUUAGGAGAAGGAAAGCUCUGUAUUGUUUGAUUGUGUUGACAAGUCCAUGAGAUUGAUACUAUAUAUGUGAACACAGGUUUUUGCAUUUUCAAGAGGAAAUUUAAUUUUGUAUUAGUUUCGGUGACUCUCUUAAAUGAGUCGUUAGGCUGUGAACCUCAUUACAUAUUAGCAUCAUUAAUUCUUGUUUUAAUGAUACGGCUGAUUCAUG